CCGCCACCCAACGCCCAUGACUCGGCGUCAUCUCCCCCAGACCGUCACACUUAAAAGCCGCCGUCUCCUACGCUCCCGGAAUUCCUGAAUUCCGGCCGAAGCCUCUGCAUAGUUUCACCGUUUCUGUUCCGCAUUCGCUAUUCACCUCAGAGAUCGGCUUUCUUUCCGACACCCCCGAGAGACGAGAGGAAAGAAAGAAAGAAAUGGAAACAUCGCCGAUUCUUUGCCUCCCGCAGGACACACUCCAUCAGAUCUUCUCCUAUCUUCCCCUCCAUCAGAUCUUAAUCUGCCGUUCCGUCUGUAAAUUCUUCAACCAGACGCUGUCGUCGUCACCCUUCCUACAUCUUCUCUCCCUUCGACCACCUCUCCGUCUCAUCGCCCUCCGCCCUUCUUCCCAUCAUAAUCACCACCACCACAACCGCCACGUGUAUUCCCGACCCCUACUUCCGGUCUUCGACCCCGACCACAACCACUGGGUCAGAUUUCCCCUUGACUUCCUCCCCUUCAGGUCUCCCGUCGCCGUCGCUUCUUCUCUCGGACUUGUCUACCUCUGGGCUGACUCUCCCGAUUCAUGCAAAUCCCUCGUCCUUUGCAAUCCAUUAACACGCCAGUUCCGAGUCUUACCCCCGCUCGGCUCGGCCUGGUCUCGCCACGGCACCGUCCUGGUCGGAACAGCAGGCCGUGUCCUGGUCCUGACCGAACUCGCUGCUCUCUACUUCUCCGGCUCGGGAUCAUGGCUCAAAUUCUCUUCCAAUUUGGCUUCCAAGCCUCGGAGCCCGAUUCUGGUCUCCGAUUCGGUUUUCGCCCUCUGUGACGUUGGCACUCCUUGGCGAAGCCAGUGGAAGCUGUUCUCGUGCACGCUUGCUGAGCUUGUGAAGUCGCAAGGUUGGAAUCGAUUGGAGAGACACGAAUGGGGCGACGUAUUUGAUAUAUUGAAGCGCCCCCGGCUUGUUCGGGCCUCGGGGAAUCGAAUUCUGAUGGUGGGUGGGCUGAAGUCGUCGUUCUCGUUGAAUGCUUCGUGUUCGACGAUUUUGAUUUUGAGGUUGGAUUUGGAUACGUUGGAUUGGGAUGAGGCAGGUCGAAUGCCGGCUGAUAUGUUCCGGUGCUUUCAAGAGUCCAGUAAGUUUAAGGUGUUUGGAGGUGGGGAUCGUGUGUGCUUCUCUGCGAGAAGAGUGGGGAAAUUGGCAAUGUGGGAUUGUUCUUCGGAAGGUGGGAAGGGGGAAUGGAAAUGGAUUGAUGGGGUCCCGGGGUAUGGGGAUGGCCUACUUAGGGGGUUUGUGUUUGAAGCUCGUCUCGCAGCCAUGUCGUGAUGGAUCCAUGGGUUGCAUGGGUUUCUCCUUCUCAUGUCUCGAUAGACUGGAAGAGCAUUAGUGGAGGGUGUGAGAAGGAUGGUUUCUACUACCUCGAUGGUGAUUCAUCCUCUAUGGCUGCUUCUACUACUUUCGUUGACAUUACUUAUGACACUUGGCACUCUCAAAGCUUCAACAAAUGGUUCCCAAUUGCAAGUCUACUUCCCAUAUUGAGUGUGAAGUUAGUGAGCUCAUUACCCUUUUUUUUUUCCAUGAUGUCUCUAGGAGUCCAUUGUUGUUUUCCUUAGUCCAUUUUGAUAUCUGGUGUCCGUUUUGCAUUUUGAGUCGGUCUGGUUUUUCUUAUUUUGUUACUUUGUGAAUGACCAUUCCAGGUUGACUUGGUUAUAUUCGUUAAAAACUUAAAAUAUCGAUAUGAGUUCAUCUGUCUCCAUAGAAUUUUACAAUGAAAUAAAAACUCAGUUUGGCGUCUACUUUAAAAUUUUGCAUUCUGAUUAUGCUCUUCAGUGCACCCAACAGGAGUUCACUUCAUUUUUCUCUGAGCUAUGGUAUUAUAUGUCAAACCAAUGGCACUUAUGCUCCUCGAAUGCCCUCAGCUGUUCUUCAAAAUCAGACCCUAUAUCUGUCUUUUUUCUAACUCUCCCUUAUUUUCUUUGCCACGUUGAGUUUUUGGUUGUACUUGUUUUGUCCAUAAUUUUUACUUGGUAUUGACAAGUUGUCUCCAUGAGUUGUCAAUUGUGAAUGUGUUUUCUUGGGGUAUUCUCGCACUCAAAAGGGUAACAAUGUUAUGAUAUUGUCACUCGAUAGCAGUUUGUUAGGUGCUGAUGUCACCUUUUUUGUAAGUACUCUUUCUCUACUAAAAGUCGUGUUACGGAAACUGAACAUUUCGGUUCCCAUAUUCGUGUGUUGACUCCCCAUGCCGAUGUCACCUUUGUUGUAAGUACUCUUUCUCUACUAAGAGUCAUGUUACGAAACUGAACAUUUCGGUUCCCAUAUUCGUGUGUUGACUCCCCAUGCAGAUUUUAUGCCUACUUCUCAACCAGCACCACUGCAAGUGUAUGGGCAUCAUCCAAAGCCAUCUCCACCUCUCGUUGUUGCUCAAUCUCUACAACCCUCUACACCAUUUGGUUCUUUCUUUGGAGCUCCUGCCAUUCCGCCUUUUCCUGCUGAUUUACCUGGUGCUCCUCGGAAUGGCUUUCGUUCAUGAACUCAGAAAUCAAUGGUUGCUUAUCUAAUUGAUAAUUUUGUUUCUAUUUCUCUCCAUAUUGAUGUAGAAAGAAAGCACGGAUGAACUGAAGUAUAAUCAAAGGAAGAACCGGCCCAGCCAGCAGUCCAAUCCAGCUUAUUAUUAGGCUUGACCAGCUUCUAGAAGCCUCAAUUAUCUCCCUACCAAUUCUGUUUUUGAGUGAUAUUUUGUCUUAUUAUAAGACUUAGUCAACACGAAAUAGGGGUAUAGACUUGCAGCCUUCUAGAAGAAUAGUUUGCUUCUUUUUCUCUGGUUUAUUCCUUCUUGUCAAGCAAGUAAAUUCAGAUUAGGAAAGUUCUGGUGGGGAAGAAGUUUCCUUUUCCCUUUUGUUUCCUUUUGUUAUUUGUUUCCCUUUCCAUACUUUCUUAUUUUGUAAGGCAAUUCCCAGCCUAUUUAAAGGGAUCGAUGGUAGCUCUUUGACACAUAAUUGAUUAAUGAAAUAUAUGAAGUUUGCUUGCCAAACCCCUGUUUUAGAGAGACUGAGAUAUCGGCUGAGAGAUCUGAGGGUGAAAGACCCAUUGGCUGAGAUAGCCAAAACCUUCUAACCCUCCAUUGAUCUCCCUUGUCUUACAUCUUUUUCUCUUUAUUUCUUAUCAUGUUCCAUAAGUGUUGUGAGCCCUGUUUAUACUCCAUUGAAGGUUUGUUUCAGCGGAUAUAUCAACUAUAAUUGCUGCUGCUGUUCUGAGUUCACAACAUGAUCUGUGAUAGCCAUUAAAGUGGGUUUUCUGAGCAGACUUUAAGUGCACCUAUCUCCCUGCUGACAAAACCACUUCAGCCCAUAUUUUGAGGACUCAUCUGGGUCCAUACAAGGACCACUCGACCAGGGUGUUUGCCUAUCUGAGGCCUCUGCUUGGAGAUAUCAGAAAUCACCUAUACCUGCCCUAAUUUCAAAAAAACAUUUAUCUCCACAAUCAGCCAUCAACUCAGGCUGAUAUUAUGCAGAUAGCUAUAUCUACAUGUGCUUAAUAAAUACAACCCCUCGUACACACUUCAAUUGUAUUCCACGUAUUCUACGAACAAAAGGGUAAAAAUAUCUCUCUUCUCUGUCCUGCGAAUCAUUUUUUAAAAAAGGAGUCAGCGAAGAAGUGAAGUACUUUCAGGUUUUGUUGAGGUUAUUAUCAUCUAUACUCAAUCCGCUUUACAGCUUCAUUCGAGGCCUGGUUUGUGAGUUGUAACUUUUCUCUACUUUGACCUAAUUUUCCAGAAUUAAGGUACUGUCCUCCUAUAUUACUUUCAGCCUUUGUUUGGGAUCUGAGUUUACAUAUCAGUACUUGAUUUUGAAUCCUUGUAAGUGUUGGUUAAGUGGGUAUUGUCGUUAAACUUGCUGGUUUGUCUCAGCAUUUACUGCCCUAGCUGACAGUUUUGUUUGGGGCUGUUUGACCUAGUAGGUUGUGUGCUGUUAUUUAAGUUGGAGUUUGGGUGUAUUUGGGGUUGGGUACUCUUGUAACCAGCCUUACCCUAAUUGGUAUCAGAGCUGUAGCUUGAGGAUAAAAGCUCCAACCAUCCCCAACUAGCUCCGUUAAGUCCUACCAAUGCUUUUGUUGUAGCUGUGCAACAAUUGACACAGAAGAUGGCAACCAUGGAGUGAGAGAGUUCAGAGAAUUUUUCGGACAGUCAAGAGGGCAGCAAUCUACUAUUAACCGUGCCCCUCGACCUCCUUUUCAACAAGGACAGAUCAUUAUAACGAUGAUGAAGAAAAUCAAGAUGGUAACUAUUGGCACCAAGAUGAUAUGCAUAAGAUGAAGCUGGAACUAAAAGAAUAAAAUGGGUAGUAUAACCCUAUUGUUUUCCAUGACUGGCUGAACGCUUUGGAUGAUUAUUUCAAAUGAUUCAAUAUGACAAGGAGCAUAAGAUGAAGCUGGCUAGUACAAAGCUCACUAGGGGAGCUAAUGAUUGGUGGCACGCAUGCAUAAGAGUAGAUUGAUUUGUCAUCAAUUGGAACCUUCCACAUGGGAGGAGAUUGAAGGAGAUUUUAAAAGAGAAGUAUUUACCUACUUCCUACCGCCGACGAUUGGAUAAUCAGCUCAACACCAUAUGCCAAGGUACUAUGACAGUUGAAGAGUAUAUGGACAAAUCUGACAACUCACUCUCCUGUACCGGCAUAGAUGAGGAAGACGAGCAGUUUCUAUCCCGUUUCAACUUGGUAUUGAGGGCGACAUAAGAAAUAAGAUGGGCGUGGUUGAAGUCGAUAGUUUAAACGAUUGCUUCAGGAAAGCUAUGGAUGCCAAAGACUUAAAGUAGCCCCACAGUGAUUUAAUAAGCAGACUGGAGAUAGAAAAAAACAUUUUACUCCUAAUCGACCUAGUGGAACUCCUACUCAAGCUCCGCAAGUUACACAGGAUAAGGGUAAGGCCCCUAUGGUUAAUAGGGAAAGGAUUGAGACUAAGUGCUAUCACUACUACGGGAUUGGACACACUGAUAAAUUCUGUCCGCAACGUGGAAAAGCCAAUUCAGUCAUCACGGCUAUUAAAUCUAACGUGGAGAUGAUUGUUUGUUAGCCCAGAUGGACAAUGAUUGGGUUGUUAAUGCUGCCCAUGAGUGCGAAGAUAUAGAUGACACCCUAAAUGAUAAUGAAAACAAUAUUAAUGAGGUGAAAGUCAUUUCAAGAAUUCUGGAUGCUAAAGCAAAAGGGGAGAUUGGCAUUUCCAUUUUAUCUUCUAUACCUUGAUGACUAGCGAAUUGUCUACAGCACAAGUGAUUGUGGACAACAGUAGUUGUGUGAAUGUGGUAUCUCAAGCCUUCGUCAUCGAAUGAUAGCUAAAGCUUGAACCGCAUCCUCAAUCAUAUAAGGUAUUGUUACUCAAUAAUGAUACGUUAGUAGUUAAUCAGAGUUGUUCUAUGCCACUGAAGAUUGUUGGAUAUGAGUAGGACGUGUGGUGUGAUGUCAUCCUGAUGAUUUUGAUGGACAUACUACUUGGAUGGCCACGGAUAUACGAUAAUAAUGCUUGGUGGGAGGAACCAAGAACCAAUGCUUCUUUGACUUCAAGGGAAAACCCCUCGUAUUGAACCCAUUAAAUAUACCCUUGAUGAAACCAAUGCUCCGCAUCACUAAAACGAGGAGGCAACAGAUACUGAAGUCUAUAGCCAAGCCACCACAUUCUGAGGAGACGUUCCAAGCAAAGACAUGACAAAAUGGUGCUACUACAAGCAAGGGGCGGCCAUCAGAAAGAGGCUUUUAGCCUUUCCACAUCGGGAGUUACUAGCUACUAGUGAAGAAACAUGACUUAUGUUAACACUGACCAAAGAAAUUGUGCCUGUAAAAGAUCCUAAUUUUUCCAAACCUAUGAGGGAAAUUCUUUUUGAUGUUGCAGACCUAGUGCCUAAAGACUUACCCGAUGAGCUACCUUCAAUGAGGGAUAUACAACCCGCACUAUUGGCAUAGUGCUUAGGUCUGUGCCACCAAAUAUAUCCACGUAUCGUCUCAACCCUACCAAGAAUGCCAAGCUCAAGAGACAAGUGGAAGACCUACUUUGGAAAGGUUUUAUUGUUGAGAGCAUGAACCCUUGUGUCAUACCAACUUUGUUGACUCCAAAUAAGGAUGGAUCAUAGAGGAUGUGCAUUGACAACAAAGCUAUUAAUAAAAACGUCGUUGAGUACAGGUUUCCAAUCCCACACCCUGUCCAUUGCCACUAUUUUCUUAAAGAUUGAUUUUUGAAGAGUAGUUAUCAUCAAAUUCAAAUCCUUCCCAAUGAUGAAUGAAAGAAGGCCUUCAAGACCGAGGAUGGAAUGUACAAGUGGAAAAUUAUGCCCUUUGGUCUUAUGAACACCCCCAAGCACCUUUAUGAGAGUGAUGGCUCAAGUGCUCCGUCAUCGGAAAGUUCCUUAUGGUUUAUUUUGACGACAUUCUUAAAUAUAGUCAUGCACAAGAUAAGCAUCUUGACCAUUUGAAGCAUGUGAUGAAAGUGCUACCAAGUGAAAAGCUUUACAUCAACUUGAAGAAGUGCUCAUUCAUGUUGCCUAAGGUGGUCUUCCUUGGGCUUAUUAUGUCUUCGCAAGGAGUCGAAGCCGAUCCCGAAAAGAUAAAGAGCGUGGUUGAUUAGCCUGUACUACAAACUUUGACAGAUAGUCAAAGUUUCCACGGCCUUGCCUGGUUUCAUUGAAGGUUCAUACUUAAUUUUAGUGCAACCAUGGCACUUAUCGCUGAGUGCGUGAAAGGAGGUAAAGUGACAUUCCAAUGGACACCAGCUGCCACCAAAGCCUUCAGUCUGAUAAAAAAUAAUAUGAUGGAAGCCCUAGUACUUCGUCGGCCUAAUUUUGAUCUUGAAGUGGCCACAAACGCAUUCCAUGUUGGGAUUGGAGGGGUAUUGAUGCAAGCAGGACACCCAUUGCCUUCCUACAUUGAAAAGUUUAAUGAUGCAAAAAAAAUGCUAUUCCACCUAUGAUUUGGAACUCUACGCCGUGAUACAAAUUCUCAAGCAUUUGAGACUAUCUUAUCGGCAAAGAGUUUAUUCUCUAUUCCGAUCAUGAAGCUCUCAAAGGUCUAUUAGCAAUCACAAUGCUUAAUGAUUGCCUACCUUCAAGAGUUUAUUUUCUCCCUCAAGUACAAGGUUGGAAAAGAGAAUCAAGUAGCCGAUGCAUUGAGUCGAAAAGUGCUAUUGAUGAACAUCUUCGAAAAUUUACACCAAGGUGGUACUGAUGAUAAAUACUCAUUACAUGAUGGGUAUCUCUUCUUGGAAAUGCGACUAUGCAUUCCAAAUACAUCUUUGAGGCAGCACCUAGCAUGAGAGCUAAACGAAGUUGGAAUGGGAGGACAUUUUGGCAAGGACAAGACACAUUCCUUAGUUGUUUGUAUUAUUGGCCCCGUGUAUAGAGAGACAUUCAGCAUGUGAUUCAAAGGUGCCGCACACGUCAGCUUGUGAAAGGAGAAAAACAAAAUAUGGGUCACUACAUGCCAUUGCCCAUACCACAUACACCUUGGCUGCAUAUUAGCAUGAACUUUCUCCUUGGUUUACAACCGACACGUGAGCGGCACAACUCCAUAUUUGUGGUGGUGGACAGGUUCUCUAAAGUGGCUCACUUUAUACCUUGUCGGAAGACAUUUGAUGGGAGCCACGUUGCCAAAAUCUACUUGAAGGAAGUUGUACAUAUCAAUGGAUUACCGGAAUCCUUAGUCUUCGAUUGUGAUGUGAAAUUUGUUGGCUACUUUUGGAAGACUUUAUGGAUGAAGACAAAUGCUAAAUUGAAGUUCUCUAUGCAAUUCCAUCCACAGACGGACGGUCAGACAUAAAUUGUGAAUCGAAGCCUCGGUAAUGUCUUCUUCAUGAUCACGAGAAGACAUGGCCUUCAACAUUCAAAUGAGGCUGCAAAGAAGACAGCCAGAUUGGUUAUUCUUCAAUCCAGUAAUUCGAUCUACAUCAAGAUUUUAGGUAUCAUUCAUUCCUUCCACUUUGCCUACCUUUGGCAUUUCCACCAAAAUCGUGGAUUGUAGUCCUAUCUCCACCUCUGAAAACUAACUAUUAAAUAGCUUUCCAAUUCACUUUGUGGA